GCUUGUUUCGGAGAGGCCCGCGCGAGGGACGCCCGGCUUCGGCCGCCGGCUCCCGGGCGGGGAGGGCACUACGGAGGCCGGUGCGGCCGCGGAGGGAGGGGGCAUCCGUCUCCCCACCCGUGCCUCCUCUCCGCCCCGCGAGGUCGCCCGUGGGUGUGCCCGCUCCCUUUCCACGCCAACGUGGCGGGGGCAGCGCCUGGAGUGUAAUCGGACCUGUCCGGGGGGCGGCCCCGGGAGAGGGAGGCGGAUGGACCAAGGCGCUUUGCAAGAGGGAUUGUGUGCUCCCGGGUGGUUGUGCUGGCGACUGGCACGGCCGAGCUAGCUUGUCACUUUCUGCAAAGGUUUCCCUCAGGGAGCCUCCUGCUGCCAGGCACCAUGACAGUGAGGGGGGCUGUGCUGGCCCCGGAUCCAGCGUCGCCCACGACCGCAGCAGCCUCGCCCAGCGUCUCCGUGAUCCCCGAGGGCAGCCCGACUGCCAUGGAGCAGCCUGUGUUCCUGAUGACAACUGCCGCUCAGGCCAUCUCUGGCUUCUUCGUGUGGACAGCCCUGCUCAUCACAUGCCACCAGAUCUACAUGCACCUGCGCUGCUACAGCUGCCCCAACGAGCAGCGCUACAUCGUGCGCAUCCUCUUCAUCGUGCCCAUCUACGCCUUUGACUCCUGGCUCAGCCUCCUCUUCUUCACCAACGACCAGUACUACGUGUACUUCGGCACCGUCCGCGACUGCUACGAGGCCUUGGUCAUCUAUAAUUUCCUGAGCCUGUGCUAUGAGUACCUAGGAGGAGAAAGUUCCAUCAUGUCGGAGAUCAGAGGAAAACCCAUUGAGUCCAGCUGUGUGUAUGGCACCUGCUGCCUCUGGGGAAAGACUUAUUCCAUCGGAUUUCUGAGGUUCUGCAAACAGGCCACCCUGCAGUUCUGUGUGGUGAAGCCACUCAUGGCGGUCAGCACUGUGGUCCUCCAGGCCUUCGGCAAGUACCGGGAUGGGGACUUUGACGUCACCAGUGGCUACCUCUACGUGACCAUCAUCUACAACAUCUCCGUCAGCCUGGCCCUCUACGCCCUCUUCCUCUUCUACUUCGCCACCCGGGAGCUGCUCAGCCCCUACAGCCCCGUCCUCAAGUUCUUCAUGGUCAAGUCCGUCAUCUUUCUUUCCUUCUGGCAAGGCAUGCUCCUGGCCAUCCUGGAGAAGUGUGGGGCCAUCCCCAAAAUCCACUCGGCCCACGUGUCAGUGGGCGAGGGCACCGUGGCUGCCGGCUACCAGGACUUCAUCAUCUGUGUGGAGAUGUUCUUUGCAGCCCUGGCCCUGCGGCACGCCUUCACCUACAAGGUCUAUGCUGACAAGAGGCUGGACGCACAAGGCCGCUGUGCCCCCAUGAAGAGCAUCUCCAGCAGCCUCAAGGAGACCAUGAACCCGCACGACAUCGUGCAGGACGCCAUCCACAACUUCUCACCUGCCUACCAGCAGUACACGCAGCAGUCCACCCUGGAGCCUGGGCCCACCUGGCGUGGUGGCGCCCACGGCCUCUCCCGCUCCCACAGCCUCAGUGGCGCCCGCGACAACGAGAAGACUCUCCUGCUCAGCUCUGAUGAUGAAUUCUAGGUGCGGGCUGCAGUGGCGGAAGUGCUGGCGCCAUAGCCACGGUCAGGCUGUGCCCCACCUCCAGCCUCACCACCAGGCCAGGAGGCAGCUGGCACAGUGCUCACGCCGCCUUUAUUUAUUGGACCAGAAACACUCACAUGUCGCUUCCAGAGGAACGGGGGACAGCCAGGCUCGCCCAUGGGCCUUCAGGAAUAUUUAUACAUGGCCCAGCCUGCACUGCCCGGGCGAGGGCAGAGGACACUGGGAGCAAGGCUUAUGCCCCUGCUGCCCGUCCUGUGCUGGGGGCAUGCUGGGACCAGCCGCACCCAGGCCCCAAUGCUUGUGUGUGGACCAGCGGCUGCAGCCUUCUAGCCCCUCCUCCCCGCGAGACUCUCAGGCUGAGGUCGGCAAGCCGUGGCUCCCCCACACACCGUGCAAUACCCUGUCUGACCUGGGCUCUUCCCGCCUGCAUCCCUCCCCUGUCCACCUUUGUCCAGUGCUAGAUUCACCUCACCCCGGGCAGGAGUGGGGAUGUGGGCGCUCUGUGGUCCUCCCCUCCUGACCCAGGCCUCUGUGGCAUGCUGCAAGGAUCAGAGCCAGACACCAGGAGUCACAGGCCCCACCCAGGAAGGGCAUUCAGGGCCCCUGGGCACCGCUUCUGUUGAAGCAGGGGCUUCUGGGCCCCUGGGUAUCCCCACCUGUCGUGGCCACACCUCUGCCUGCCUCAUGUCCCUUCCCCCUGGCCUACCAAGGACAGCCCACAGCCCGCACUGCCGGCUCACUUGGGUCCUUCCUCGAUAGCUUUGGGCAGAGCCCUUGCUUCCUGGCUGCUCCAGGGCUCAGGGGCUCCCAGCCCUCCUUCCCAGGCUGAUGCUGGGUCCUCUCUCUCUCUUUGGGGCUUCUCCCUCCCGUUUCAGGGGAAAGGUCUGAGUCUCCACGUUUCAGACCAGCUUCUGGGGGAAGGCAGUCCGGCAGGGAGACCGGGAGGGGUGGCCACACGGUGGGGAGCUGGGAGGUGGGGGGAAUGGUCCCAGACUCCUCUCGGGGCCCCUGUCCACACAGGGCCUGGUGUUCUACCCCAUCUGGCCCCUGGCCCAUCUCUUCUGUGCCUUAGUCACAUAUGAAAGCGCCCCUCCCUGGCUCCCCAUCUGUCCCACACGCUCCCUGGGGCUCUUAGUUCAGCUGCUGGCACUCGCAGGAUCCUGCAGUGCUGGGCCCAGAGCCCUUGGACAGGCCUCGGGAGUGGUCAGGACCGCCAAGCCCCUCCUCUCCCCCUCCACACCUCUAGACCUGGGGCCUCCGGAACCCCCAGCAGGCUGGGCUUAUACUAGCUCCUGACUUAGGAAGAGCCUCGUGUCACAACACGUGUCCCUACAGGCAAAGUGUCCUGGCAUUUAAAACCCAGAUUAUCCCUGGGUUUGGGCUGCAGUCACCUGGAGAAGCUGGUAGGGUAAGGGAGAGGGACCCUGCCGGUGUUCACUGGGGAUUCUUUCUUUUGGUCCUUCCUGGAAUGAACAGGUUCCCUCCCUGCCACCUGUGAGGAGAGUUGGGGCCCAGCCGUCUUCCUGGCCUCCUUCCUUUCCUCGUGGCAGAGGCCUGCAUGUGGGUGCCAGAGGCCAGCUCUCCACCUCCAUCUUGGGGGGGCGGAGCAGUUGGGCCCAAGCUGCCCGGGAGGGUGGGUGCAGACACAGGCUGAGGACCAGCCCUGGCCCUGCCCCGCCAUCUGCUUUCACCAAGCUGUCUCUCCAACGUGGCUUCCCUUCUCCCUCCAGGCCAAAGUGUGCUGCUGAUUCCCACCCCCUUGGUUUUCGCCUGCCCAGCGUUGCUGUUUGCGUGGAGGGUGGGGGGAGCUCAGUGGCAGGGAAUCAGCGGUCCGUGGGGUCGUGGGGACGGGAUCAUGUGCCCGACCGCUCCAUCCCCUCCUCCUCCUUAGGAUGCAUAACCUACCUUGUCUUUUUUUUUUUAAAUUUUCUUUCCAGAUAGAGUAGCUCUUUGUACAUAAAGAAUACUUGAAAAAUUAAUUGUAUGAUGUAUGAGAAGACAGAGUCUCCUAGUUUUGUAUCUUGUUGUAUGACUGCCAUGAGUUCCACCAGAAAGCCACUCUAUUUUGGUCUCUGUGACAUUUUAAAUGCGUGACAGAAGUGAGCAAAUAAAGUGAGGAAGAAAUAUAUAUAUGAGAUAAUAUAGAUUGUAUUGAAAUCUC